GCUUGAACAGUAUUUAGCAAUCUCCGCAAACAUGCAGCCUCCAGGUGUUAUUUCCCCUUGUCAGACAGAGCAAGAGCAGAGAAAUAUUGAUCUCUGCAAAGAAUAUAUGCGAAUAGCUUAUUCUCCCACCGAAAACAAAGGCGCUACAUCGGUUCAACAUCUCUGCCACCCAGACAGCUGGUUCUGGGCACCUGCUACAUUUCCCGGCUGCGAGACGCCCAUGGACUACGCGGACUCUCACUCCACCGUCAUGACCAGCGUUGCAGACCUCAAAAUCAUCCGCUUUGACCAGUCUUGGGCCAAGGAUGGACAUGUUCUGUUGAGGUACACGGCGCAGGGAAGUCAUUGUGGAGAGCCGUAUAAGGGUAUCUCCAAGACAGGGAGACAUGCGCAGUGGAGCGCUGCCGCGAUAUUUGAAGUCGAGGAUGGGAAAAUCAGAAGUUUCACCAAGGAUUGGGAUCAAAAAACUAUGCAGAUUCAGCUUGGAUGGGCACCAGUUCACGAGAGCGAUGACCCAAGAUGGAAUUCCAAAGCAUUAGAUAGUCCUGAGGAAGCUCGAAAGCAUAAUCAAUGAUUUUUAAGCAGUUUUCAAAGGCAGACACGAUUGCAUAGAUUGUCUUCUUCUAAGUUACACUGGACAGGCAUCAUAUUCUCAUCGACAUAUUCGUUGUCAUUCCUGUCAAUAUAGGCAUAUUCACGCCCCCGGCCCGUUAGCGGCGGCCAGACAAGAAC